AUGCCCUCCGCUGGGCUCACCAUCCGCGACGUCACGCCCGCCAUCACGACCUUCUCCACCCCGUUCAACCGCUUCGCGCCAUUCGGCUACCGCAAAUUUGUCGCAGUAGGCAAUCGGGCAACAGCCAUCCGAUUGCACGACAACCGAAUCCUCCUUCUCAACCCCAUCCCGCUCGAACAAGCGGUGCGCGAUAAGCUGAAUGAACUUGGGGGCGUUCAUCUCGUGGCGUGUGAUCUUGGGCAUCACAUGUACGUGAAGGACUAUAUCGAUGCGUGGCCAGAGGCAAAGACAAUCGGCGUCCCAGGUCUGGAAAGCAAGAGGAAAGAUGUGGGGUGGGACUACAUCUACGAGGACUGGCACACAAGCCCGGAAGAUCAGUUUGACUUUGCGCAGGACUUCGAGACGGUGCUAUUCGAGGGUUUUAUCACAUACUGUGUCGCUUGGUAUCACAAGUCUACGAAGACGCUGAUACAGUCGGACCUGAUGAUGAACCUACCAUGCACCGAGCAAUACCAUCCUAGCUCGUCGCACCACGGUCCACUGUCGCGCGAAUUCGCAAAGCGUGCACAUCCUCGAUCGAUAUGGGCGAAGCGCCUCGUCUACCACGUUGCGACCGUUGACUACACCUUGAUGCGACGCGACGCGAAGAAGGUAGCGGAAUGGCAGAUCGAGCGCAUUAUACCCUGUCAUGGAGACAUCAUUGAUACUGGUGGAAAUGAAGCCUGGGCAAUGGUGUACGAUUGGUUCUUGACUGGCAAGGCCACGCCGAGUCUUUUGAAAAGACUGAUGCGCCCCGUUAUGAAGGUCGCGAGAAGAGUGUUUUUGAUGUAA